AUGGAAAAAUCAUUCACAAUUUCAAAACUAUUCGAUGAAGAAAAUUUUGCAGAAUUUGAGAAGAAAUGCCAAUCUCAAAUGUGGUUACUUUUUUCUUCCUCUGUGUUAGUUUUAAUAAAUGUCUCAAUCAUUGUAUCAGCGCUUAUAAAGAGAUACCGUGUGCAUGUGGACUACAUUAUUCUGCGUAUUCGUAACAGAUUGAAAGGUAUACAUUUGCCCAAGAACAAAAGCUUUGAGUUCGAUGCCUUCAUAUCAUACGCUGAAGAUGAUUACAAGCUGGUGACAUCAAACCUUUAUCAAGCCCUGACAAAUUUAGGUUUUCUAAUAAGCCUACCUGAUAAAGACUUCAUCCCCGGAAGGUCAAAGGUGGACCAGCUGGUACAAUCUAUUGACCACAGUCGAAAAGUCGUUUUCAUUAUUACAGAAAACUUUCUAAAGAGUGGCUGGAAUUCGUACGCCGUCCAGAUGGCAGUGACCCAUGCCUUCCAUAACCAUCGAAAACGAUCCAUCAUAGUGAUUAUCAAGGACAACAUUCCAAUAGAAAGAAUGCCAAAAGACUUGCAAUAUAUCUGGUGGUGCAUAGUGAGCAUCAGGUGGCCAGACACUUUAGAACUGAUGGAUGGUUUCUGGGAAGAUCUCGCUACCACCUUGGGCUCAGUUUGA